CUUCAUCAUCUGCUCUUUAUUGAAGCAGCUCCGGGAUUUACAGUCUUCUUCUGACAAUCAGCAAGUUUCACACAUACAGCUGAAACAUGAAAAGAAAGUGAACCACCUCUUUAUAUGUUUUUUGUCUUAAAAAAGAAAGACCGAGCGGCCUGCAGGACCAGCGUAGGGGAGUUCUCCCAACCUGAAGAACCAGCGUUUCCUCUGAAGGAGAAACCUCUCUGUGAGCUGUUGCAGUGAAGGGCUGACCAUGCAGGGGUGCGAGGUCGGCGCGCGGCUGCGCUACUGGCUGACUCUGGUCUCAGGGAUGCUGGAGUGUCUGUGCUUCGCUGGCGUGGUGUUUGGCUACGCCUCGCUGGUGUUUGUGCUGAAGAAAGAUGGGUAUUUUAGUGACCUGUGUGCCAGUGACCCGGAGAGCAACAGCACUCUGCCCGAGACAGGCUGCCGCGGUCAGGAUGAGCAGUUCUCUUUGGUCUUCACCGUUGCCUCGUUCCUGAACAACUUCCUCAGUCUGGUCAAUGGCUACCUGUUUGAUCGAUUUGGCACCAUGGCAACCAGACUGCUGGGCAUAUGUUUGUACACGGCUGGAACUCUUCUCGUGGCCUUCUCCAGUGCAGCAUUUCCACAGAUGCUUUUUCCUGCCUUGUCCUGCAUCGCUGUGGGAGGAAUCCUGCUCCUAAUGACCAACAUGCAGGUGGGCAACCUGUUCCCUGCCCAUCGCUCCACCAUCAUCACCCUCUACAACGGGGCCUUCGACUCCUCGGCUGCUGUGUUCCUCAUCAUGAAGGUUCUGUACGAGCAGGGCGUCUCUCUCCGCGCCUCCUUCCUGUUCUUGUCCGUCUGCAGCGUCGUCCACGUGGCCAGGACGCUGCUGCUCCUGCCGAGGGCCCACAUCCCCUACCCGCUGCCGCAGGGCUACACCUACGGGGCCAGCUGUGGGAAGGGCAACACCUACAACGUGGAGCAGAUCGAGAGGAUGAGGGAGGCCUCACUAGCCGCGUCCCAGGAGCUCGGCGGGAAGGACGACGCAGCACGAGACGGAGCCACGGAGAACCGAGACGCAGAAAAAGUGAGGAGUUUCCGCAGCUGCGUCCUGUCCUGGUUCUUCCUGUGGCAUCUCCUGUGGUUGUCCGUCAUGCAGCUGAGACACUACCUGUUCAUCGGCACGCUCAACCCCAUGCUCAGCCGGCUGGCCGGCCACGACCCCGACCUCGUGAGUCAGUACACCAAUGCGUUUGCCGUGACGCAGCUGUGCGGCGUGCUGUGUGCUCCCUGGAACGGACUCAUCCUGGACAGGCACAAAGGGAAGCCGCGAGCCGCAGGGGAAACCGAGCAGGAGGCAGACCUGCGCUCCUCCUCUCUGUCUCUGUUCCUCACGUCGCUGCAGUGCCUCUUCUUCUCCGUGAGCGCCUCCGUUCCUCUCCUCCCCCUGCAGUACCUCACCUUCAUCCUACAAGUCCUUAACCGCUCCUUCCUCUACGGAGGAAACGCAGCCUUCAUCAGCAUCACUUUUCCAGCCUGUCACUUUGGGAAGCUGUACGGCCUGGUGAUGUCCCUGUCGGCGGUGGUGUCGCUGCUGCAGUACCCCUGCUUCGCCCUGGUCAAAGGAGCCCUGCAGGGAGACCCCUUCUACGUGGACGUGGCUCUGACCCUCCUCACCCUGCUGGUCUUCAUCCAUCCCCUCUACGUCUUCCUCCACUGCAGGAAACGAGCCCGCAGCAGAGAGUAGCUCCCACGCUGA